ACAAUCAGGUGGCGCCAGUGUGUGAAAGGGAAGAAAGCACAUUGAUCGCCUAGCUUCUCUCUCUCUCUCUCUCUCUUCUUUCUUUUGUAAAUCAAAUAAAAUUCAACGCUCAGCAACAACCAAUCCAAACUAAAAAAAAAGAAGUGUAGUAGUAGUACAUGAACACGGUGGAGAUCGGAGGAGGAGGGUAUGGACAGUACAACUUUUAUUUUGUUACGAUUUAAUCUAGUUGAUAUUUAUUUUGAUGAAUGAAAUUCGACAGUCCGUAAAGUGAUUUGUUCAACUGAAUGGCGGAUCCACAACCGUUGCUCCUCAAUACUAACUCCCAACCAAUUCACCAGUUUAACCAAAACCCCCGCCGAGUCGCCUCUGUUGACGUCUUCCGUGGCCUCUCUGUUUUUCUUAUGAUAUUGGUGGAUUAUGGUGCCUCCAUCUUCCCCAUCAUUUCUCACGCCCCCUGGAACGGCCUUCACCUCGCUGAUUUCGUCAUGCCUUUCUUUCUCUUUCUUGCUGGAAUUUCUCUCGCACUUGUUUAUAAGAGAAGGCCACAGAGAACACAAGCUACAUGGAAAGCCUUACUUAGAGCAUUGCAACUCUUUAUUCUUGGUAUUCUUCUUCAAGGUGGUUAUUUGCAUGGGACAACUUCCUUGACUUAUGGUGUUGACAUUGGUAGAAUUAGGUUGUUCGGCGUUUUACAGAGGAUAUCUAUUGGAUACAUAGUUGCUGCUUUAUGCGAGAUCUGGCUUCCAACUCUGCGAUGGAAAGAAAUGGGUUUCUUUAAAAGUUAUUACUGGCAUUGGUUUGUAGCAACAAUAUUGUUGGCAAUUUACUCGGGAUUGCUGUAUGGUCUAUAUGUUCCAGAUUGGCAGUUUGAUGUAUCAACAUCUACCUCUUCUUUGCCUCCAAUUGAUGGUGGCAACAUUUACACGGUGAAUUGUUCAGUGAGAGGUGAUUUUGGACCUGCCUGUAAUUCUGCUGGAAUGAUUGAUCGUUAUAUUCUUGGUCUUGACCAUCUAUACAAAAAGCCUGUAUACAGAAAUCUUAAGGAGUGCAAUAUGUCUAGCACUGGCCAACUUUCAGAUAGUUCGCCAUCAUGGUGUCACGCUCCUUUUGAUCCCGAAGGCAUUUUAAGCUCCAUAACAGCUGCAGUUUCAUGCAUUAUUGGACUCCAAUAUGGUCACAUUCUUGCCCAUUUAGAGGACCACAAAGGGCGCCUACAUCACUGGCUUAGCUUUUCAGUUUCAUUUUUCGCCCUUGGAUUGUUUUUGGCCGUAAUAGGAAUUCCUGUAAAUAAAUCUCUGUACACAGUCAGUUAUAUGCUGCUUAGUUCUGCAGCUUCUGGUCUCACAUUUAUGGCUCUAUAUGUUCUGGUGGAUGUAUACGGGCAUAGGCGUUUGACAAGUGUGUUGGAGUGGAUGGGAAAACACUCUUUGAGUAUAUUUGUCCUAGUAUCUUCAAACUUGGCUGUGAUUGCUAUUCAAGGUUUUUAUUGGACCAAACCCGAAAACAACAUUGAAGUGAGCGAAGAAGGUCACUUGCAGACUCAUCAUCAUGGUGGUAAAGACUACGUAGACCCACCACCAGCACCCCUCCUCGAUUUCGCUGAGAUUAAACUCUGGUCCUUUUACAGAGCUCUCAUCGCCGAGUUCAUAGCCACACUCCUCUUCCUCUAUGUCACCGUCGCCACCGUCAUUGGUCACAAAAAACAAACCGGUCCCUGCGACGGUGUUGGGCUUCUAGGCAUAGCCUGGUCCUUCGGUGGCAUGAUCUUCGUCCUUGUCUACUGCACCGCCGGCAUCUCCGGUGGACACAUAAACCCUGCGGUUACAUUUGGGUUGUUUUUGGCACGUAAGGUGUCUCUGAUACGUGCGGUGUUAUACAUGGUAGCACAGUGUUUGGGUGCUAUUUGUGGUGUUGGAUUGGUGAAAGCUUUGAUGAAGCAACCUUACAACAACCUUGGUGGCGGUGCUAACUCUGUUGCUUCUGGUUACUCCAAAGGAAGUGCACUUGGUGCUGAAAUGAUCGGAACUUUUGUACUUGUGUACACAGUGUUCUCUGCCACAGACCCAAAGAGAAACGCACGUGAUUCGCAUGUGCCUGUUUUGGCUCCUUUGCCAAUUGGUUUUGCUGUUUUCAUGGUUCAUUUGGCAACUAUACCAAUCACCGGUACAGGUAUCAACCCUGCAAGGAGCUUCGGUGCUGCUGUUAUCUUCAACAAUGCUAAAGUUUGGGAUGACCAUUGGAUCUUCUGGGUUGGGCCUUUCGUGGGAGCUUUAGCGGCGGCUGCGUACCAUCAAUACAUUCUUAGAGCGGCGGCUAUCAAAGCGUUGGGGUCUUUCAGGAGCAAUCCCACCAACUAGUACGAAGGAAUCAUACAAGUGUUGUCUAUCUUUGUAUUUAUCAUUUAUUUUUUCACAUGGUUAUGGUUUGCUUCUAUUAGUAUCACUAUGAUCAUCAACCACUUUAUUUCUCUUGUAAUUUAUUUUUUUGUUCGGUUUGUUUCUAUCAGACUCAGAUAUGCUGUGUUUGCUACCUCAUGUCGAUCUUUCAAAUUCAUUUUUUAUUAUUUGCAAUUUCUA